GGCCGGGCCCUGGCGGCCCCGCGCUGAGCCGAGCCUGCCCUGCCCGGCCCGGCCCGGCCCUGCCGCCGCGCUCGCCCGCCGGGCUGCGGGGCUGUUUUGAACGCGAGGGGUGGGGCGUCGCGCAUGCAAAUGCCGCCAAGGGGGUGGGAGCAAGCGGGGGGAGACGUUUUUUACAUGUAUGCAGAGGUGUGAGCGAACUGGGUUUUUUUUUUUCUCCCCCUUUUCCUUUUUUUUUUUUUUUUUGUUUAAAUCAAUGCGGCGGCGGCCGGGCGCCCCGUGCCGCGGGCGGCGGCGAUGCGAUCAGGCACUGCGCUGAACCUCUAUGUGUCCGCAGCCCGCUGGGGUCCUGCCUCCGGAGCCCGUGCGGGGAUGUCUCGGAGACCCCGCGCCGACUGCUGCUCAAACAUCACGUUGACAUGGAUGAUGAAGAUGGCCGGUGCUUGCUAGAUGUAAUUUGCGAUCCUCAGGCCUUGAAUGAUUUUUUACAUGGAUCUGAAAAGAUUGACAGUGAUGAUCUCCUGGACAACACAGGAGAUGCAGCCAGUGCCUUUUUUGAAGGUGCUGGGCUGCACGUGCAGGAGCCCUCCGGCAACCAUCUGAACGCCGAGCAGAGCCAGCCCGCGACAAGCGUGGACCUCGACUUCCUGGAGGAUGACAUCCUGGGGUCCCCGUCCGGCGGCGGGGCGGCCCUGCCGAGCUCGGAGCAGCCCUGCGACAUCCUCCAGCAGAGCCUGCAAGAGGCCAACAUCACGGAGCAGACGCUGGAGGCCGAGGCCGAGCUGGACCUGGGGUCCUUCCAGCUGCCCACGCUGCAGCCGGUGGUGCAGGCGGCGGCGGACGGGGCCCCGCAGAUCUUCUCCGGCGGGGCCGACCUCAUCGGGCUGCAGCAGCCGGCGGUGCUGACGCACCAAGCGCUGGUGCAGCCGUCGGUGGGGGCGGACGUGGUUAACAAGGCCAUCAGCGUGCAGCCCUUUCUGCAGCAGGUCGGCCUGGGCAACGUCACCAUCCAGCCCAUUUCCAACCUCCAGGGCUUGCCCAACGGGAGCCCCGGCGGGACGCUGGGCCUGGGGCCCAUCCAGGUGGUCGGGCAGCAGGUGAUGGCCAUCAACCAGUCGGCGCAGCAGAUCAUCGCCAAGCAAGUGCAGCCCUCCCAGGUGGCCGCCAUGCCCGUGGGCAGCUACAUCGCCCAGCCGGCGCCCGAGCAGCAGCAGGUCACCCUGGCCUCGACGGGGGUCUCGCCGCAGAACGCCGGCCUCGUCAUCCAGAAGAACCUGCCGGCCGUGGCCACCACGACGCUGAACGGCAACUCGAUGUUCGGGAGCGUCUCCGGCGCCCAGGGCUCCCAGCCCCUCACCGUCACCUCCAACCUGAGCAGCCCCUUGGUGCAGGCGCAGAACGUCAUCAUCCACCGGACGCCCACGCCCAUUCAGCCCAAGCCCGCGGGGGUCCUGCAGCAGAAGCUGUACCAGAUCACCCCCAAGCCCUUCGGCUCCAACAACGCCACCCUGACCAUCCAGAACGAAGCCGCGCUGCAGCAGCAGAAGGCCCAGCAGAACCUGACCUUCAUGGCCGGCAAGCCGGGGCAGAACGUCGUGCUCUCGGGCUUCCCCCAAGGGCUCCCCGCCAACGUCUUCAAGCAGCCCCCGCCGCAGCAGCCGGCCCUCAACAAGCCCAUGAGCGUGCAGCUGCUCAACCAGGGCAGCAGCAUCGUCAUCCCGGCGCAGCACGUGCCCCAGGCCGUGCUGCAGGGCCAGAACCAGUUCCUGCUGCCGGGGCAGCUCGCCGGCGCCUCCGCCGUCCAGAUCCCCCAGCAGCUCUCGGCCCUGCCGGCCGGCAUGGGGGGGCAGAUCCUCGCCGCCUCCCACCCCGGCGGGCAGGCCCACAUCAUAGCCAGCCAAGGCCCCGGCGGGCAGCUCAUAGCCAACCAAGCGCUGCCGGCGCAGAUCCUCACCAACCAGAACCUCGCCGGCCAGCUGAACCUGGGCCAGGUGCUGGCCUCGCAGAAUGCCCACGGCACCGCUCACAUCCUCUCCGCCCCCAUCCAGCUGCAGCCCGGCCAGGUGGGCCAGCCCGCGCUCUUCCAGAUGCCCGUCUCCCUCGCCGGCGGCCUGACCACGCAGAGCCAGCCCUCGCUGGCCGGCGGGGCCAUCAGCCAGCCGGGCCAGACGGUCAUCCAGGGCGUCACGCUGCCCAGCCAAGUGGCCAUGCUGAACGCGGCGGAGAGCCUCAGCCCGGCCGUCGGCAUCCCCGCGUCCGCCAGCAGCCAGAGCCCGGGGCUGCUCCCGCCGCCGCCGCCGCUGCCCGCCGGCGAGCCGUCCUCCAUCCUCGCCGUCCCGGCGGCCGCCCAGCCGCCCGCCCCGCUGCAGCUCAGCGUCCCGCCGCCGCCGCCGCCGCCCCCCGCCCAGCCGCCGCCGGCCCUGCCCGCCGCCUCGCAGCCCAGCCCCGGCCUGGCCCCCAGCCCCGAGAAGAUCAUCCUGGGCCAGGCGGCCGCCGGCGCCGUCCUCAACCAGGACUCCAUGCAGAUGUUUCUGCAGCAGUUGCCUGCAGGGCAGCAGAAGCUGCCUGGAGCCUCCCCGUCCCACUCGCUACCUCCUCCGCCCCUGGGCGAGAGUCCCCAGCUGCAGCCCGGGCACCUGGCGCAACUGCAGUCGCCGCCGCCGCCCCGGCCCCCCUCGCAGCCGCAGCCCCUCUCGCGGCCCCCGUCGCGGCCCCUCUCGCGGCCCCCCUCCGAGCCGCUCGCCCGCUCCUGCACCCCGCAAGCGCCCGUGCCCCCCGCCCUCUACGCCCCGCCGCACCCGCUGCGGCCCCCCUCGCAGCCCCCGGCCCCCUUCGCGCCGCCGGCCGAGGGCCCGGCGCCGGCACCGCCGGCCGAGCCGCCCCGCCUGCACGCCGAGCCGCCGCCGCACGCCGCCUCCCCGCACUUCCCGCUGCAGUUCCCGGCCCCCGGCAAGCCCGCGGCCCCCGCCGCCCCGCUGCACCUCGCCGCCGAGCCGCCGCCGCCGCCGCGCGCCUUCCAGAUGCUGCCCGGCCAAUUCCAGCCCCUCGCCGCCAUCGCCAGCCCCGCCGCGCCGCAGAAGCCCGUGCUCGACAGGUUCCCGCAGGUGCCGCAGGGGAUCAUCCUGCAGCCGAAGCAGCCGCCGGCGCCCGGGCAGGCAUCGCCGGCGCUGGGCCCCUUCGGCAGCCAGCAGCCCCCCGCCGUGCUGCUGGGCGGCCCGGGGCCGGCGGCGGGGGGCACGGCAGCCCCCAGCCCCGCCGCCCCCGCCGCCCCCACGGCCCCCGCAGGUGUCGCGGCCCCGGCCCCCGCGGAGGGCAAAGCCUUCGCCGGCGUCUCGGCACCGAUGGCCGCCGGGAAGGGGACGGCGGCGCCGGGGAAGCCGGGGGCAGCGCUCGCCAUCCAGCAGCCCGUGCAGCCGAAGCCCGGCGUGAUCAGCUCCGUCCCGGGCCUGAGCCUGGCGAAGGGCCCGCUGCAGAUCCAGGUGGUGGGGAAGGGGCUGCCGCAGCUCCUGCCCUCGGUGCCGGUGCAGCCCCCGCAGCUGUACGACGGCAAACUCGGAAGCCUGAAGAAAGGCCCUACACUACAGCCCAGCAAGGAGGCUUGCUUCCUGGAGCAGCUGCACAAGCAUCAGGGAGCGGUUUUGCACCCCGACUACAAGACGUCGUUCCGCUCCUUCGAGGACGCCUUGCAGCGGCUCCUGCCCUACCACGUCUACCAGGGGAUGCUGCCCUCCGCCCAGGACUACCGGAAGGUGGACGAGGAGUUCGAAGUGGUCUCCACGCAGCUGCUGAAGCGCACGCAGGCGAUGCUGAACAAGUACCGGCUGCUGCUGCUGGAGGAGUCGCGGAGAGUCAGUCCUUCCGCGGAGAUGGUGAUGAUCGACCGCAUGUUCAUACAGGAGGAGAAGACCAUGCUGGCGCUCGAUAAGCAGCUGGCGAAGGAGAAACCAGACGAGUACGUCUCCUCCUCGUCCCGCUCGCAGAGCCUCUCCUCCGCGGCGGCCCCGGCCUCGGCGCCGGCCUCGGAGGGCCCCAAGGUGCCCGCGGCGCAGGCGGCCGCCCAGCUCCACCCCACCAAGCUGGUGAUCAAGCACAGCGGCGGCUCCCCGUCGGUGACGUGGGCCAAGGCCUCCCCUUCGCUGGACGGCGACGAGGACGCCUUGCCUUCCAGGAGCAAGCCCCCCAUCAAGACGUACGAGGCCCGCAGCCGCAUCGGCCUCAAGCUGAAGAUCAAGCAGGAGGCCGGGCUCAGCAAGGUGGUGCACAACACCGCCCUGGACCCCGUGCACCAGCCGCCUCCGGCCAGCCGGCUCCCCAAAGCGCCCGAGCAGCGCGGUGCCGCCGCCGCCGCCGCCACCAUGAACGGCACGGUCGACCACGCGGCCCCGGCCCCCGCGGAGAAGAAGCCGGCGGCGACCUACUGCCGGCUGCCCCUCCGCAAGACCUACCGGGAGAACGUGGACGCUUUCGUCGCGGACAAGCCCGCCGACGCCGGCCCCAAGGGCGGCGCGCCCAGAGCGGACAAGGCCCCCGGCGCCCUCGCCGCCAAGCAGGACGACGGCUCCCGGAGCGGCAUCGCCGCCUCCCGCAAAGCCCGCGACGGCCCCGCGGCGGCGGAGAGGAGCCGGCCGGCCGAGAGCCCCAAGCCACCCUUCUUCGGCAGGAGCGACGCCCGCGCGCUCGCGGCGCAGGAUGGCCCCGCCGCGCCCAAGCCCGACGACCCUACCAGUGGCCUUAUGAAGGAGCUCGCGGAGGCGGAGGACGAGUUCUACCGCGGGAUGAUAAAACCGGAGCCGCCCGACCACGGCCCCGGCGCGGAACUCGCCUGGGAGGUGCCCUUGCCCCCGGCCAAGCGCCGCAAGUCCGAGUCCUUCGACGUGGACAACGCCAGCUUCUCCAGCGACAGCCCCCAGGACGACUCCCUCAACGAGCACCUGCAGAGCGCCAUCGACAGCAUCCUCAACCUGCAGCAACCUCAGGCCGGGGGCCAGAGCGGCCGGACGCCUUCCUCCUCCUACAACUCCUCCUCCUCCCCCUUCUCCUCGCCCGUGCACCGCGCGGACGCUUACCUUGCCCCCAGUCACAACGGCGGCCUUGGCGCGAGGACGUUGAACAGAUAACAGGGACCGAACGCAGCGGAAGCCGGAGGGCGAGCGCGGAGCGGGGCGGCAUGCGGUCGAGCGCCGCGGGGCGUCGCUGGGGCCCCCCCGGGACCCCUCGCACGGGCCUGGGACGGCAGGAGCGGGGCGGGCCGGCGGGGCCCCCGGGCGUCGCUGGCCGUGUAAGUUAGGUUCUGUAACAAACCGCCAACCCCAAUUACCCCGUCGGCCUGUUUUCUCCCCCCGCUGCCGCCCCAGCGGAGCAGGUCGCCGGCCGAAGCGGGGGGAGGCCAAAGAGGACUCGGCAGCAGCCGCCGCCCGGGCAAAACCUACCUUCGCUUUUAAGUUAUUGCAGAGGCCGCGGGGGCUUUCGGGCCGCAAGGGGCAAAAAAAAGCCGAGCGGAGGCCGGGGAGGCAGCGCAAACACUAAUCGCUGGCGGGGGUCAACGCCGCUUCGGUGCGAGGCCACGGCCCCCCGGGCAGCCGCUCGUCCCCCCUCGCCUUAGGUGUCCUCGCCCCGACGGCGGCGGCCGGGGGCGUUUGAUGGGUUUUUCCUUCUUCCCCACGUGCAGCGUCACCCACCGUCGGCCGCGCGUCCCCCCGGGGCCUCUCCGCGCCGGUUUCCCCCUCUUUUCUUUAUCUGGCUGCGUUUGAGGGCCGAGAGGAGACCGCGUGCGUAUGUGUGUGCAUACGUGUGUGCACGUGUGUGUGCAUACGUGUGCGCACGUGUGUGUGUGCAUAUGAAGAGGUGGCGCGUGCCUGUGCACAUAUACAUCCGCGUCGGAGGAGCAGCUCCUCCUCCUCCUCCUCCUCCUCCUCCUCCUCCUCCUCCCUCGGGCUCUUCCCGCCCUGCCGCUCCGCCGGGCUCCAGCGCUCCCAGAGCCGCCGACACUGGGAUUGGGGAAUCCAGCUUUUUCCAAAAUCGGAUUCGCAGUCGAGUCCUUUAUCCCCCGCCGGAGAACGCGGCUUCGCUCCGACGCUGCGGGAAUUCCCAUCUUUGGGAAGCGGCCGGUGCCUCCGGGUGCUCCCGGCUGAGCCCCGGGCGGGAUACUGGGAUAACCAGGAUGAGCAGGAGCGCAAGAUACAGGGAUAACUGGGAUGAGCAGGAGUGCGGGAUAACCGGGAGCGUGCGGAGCGUGGGAUACUGGGAUAACUGGGAGCGUGCAGAGAAUGGGAUACCAGGAUAACCAAGAUGAGCAGGAGUGCGGGAUACCAGGAUGAGUGGAGCACAGGAUACUGGGAUAACUGGGAUGAGCAGGAGUGCAGGAUACUGGGAUAACCAGGAGCGAGCAGAGCAUUAGAUACUGGGAUAACUGGGAUGAGCAGGAGUGUGGGAUACCAGGAUAACCGGGAGCGCAUGGGGCAGCAGGUCCCGGGAAGGGGCGAGCGAUGCCACCGCCUUUAGUAUUUAACCUCGACAGUAUUUAUUUUCCUUCUUGCACUGAUCCGCGUCCGCAUCCCGCCGGGGUUCGGCUCGUCCCGCACGGUGCUCCGGGCGCGGGAACCGGCACGGCUCGGCCUCGGCCUCGGCAGCGCGGGGCUUGGGCAGCGGGACGAGCACCAGUGUUACGAGUUGAAGCCAUUCCCCCGACAGCUUUUUCUGGGAAAGGGAGAGAUCCGUGUUUUUUCCUCCCGCGGAGCGGGAUGCAGAGGGCGGCAGCGCAGCCGGACCCGGCACCUCUCCCCGCAGCUCCCACGGCCGCAAACCCGGGGCUUUCCCCCCCCCUCCCUUCUCUCUUGCUGCUUCUCUAUUUUUGUUUUUUCCCCCCCAAGAAGAAACCACAAAUCCCGCUGCCGGAGCCGGGAAGCAGCCGGAAUCACGCCCGGGCGACCGGUGCGGAGGCGGCACCGCGACCGCGGGGAAUCCUCUCCCUGGGCCGCGCUCGCCCACUGCUCUCCGUUUCUCCCCAAAAAGAGGCCUUAAACGCCCAUUGCAAAUGCCCGUCGUGGCUUCGCCCCGGGGGGGCCACGAAUUCCCGGGGAUCCGGCUGGAAAAGCAGCGCGGAGGCACCGCGGUUCGCGCCGGGCUCCUCCGACGCGCCCAACCCCGACCCUCCGCGGCGGCUUCUUCCCAUUGCAAGAUGCACAAAGAGGAGAAGAAAACGCAAUUUGAUUUAAAAUAAUAGUAAUUAGGGGCACGGCUUGGCCCCCGCGGGAGGUGAGCCCAGGCUCGGGCCCUUCCCACGGGCACAGCGUUCCCGCGGCGCCGGAGCAGCUCCGUGCCGCCGGCUGCUCCUGCUUUUACCGUUUUCCUUAAAAAAAAAACCCAAGAAAGAGGUGCACCGACAGCAGCCCUGCUUUUCUGGUCGCUCGCACCGGCCUCCGCCUUUGCAGGGAUCCCAGCGGGAGGAGAGGGAGGGACGUGGCUUUUCCCGGGAGACGUUUUUCCCGGGAGACCCGGUUUUUCCCGCAGCCGCUCCAUCCGCGGCCCCGGCGGGGCGAUCGGCCAGGUAGCAAUAAGGGACGGCGAUUCCCAGGCUCGAAACAUUUGGCAUUUCCUUUUUUAUAUAUACGUCUAUAUAUAUAAAAAAAAAAAAAGGUGUAUUAAAUCGUUUGGCUUUUGUUUAGUGUCUGUUUUUUUGGAACCCCGAGGGAAGCGUGGAUUCGGGGUCGUCGCCCGUCGUUUCCCCCUUCUCCGCGGCGGGACGGCGCCGGCCCCGCGCGCUCCCCGCUCCUCCCGGUGCUUCCAGCGCCGCCGCUGCCGCCUUUAUCCCUUUUCCACCCGUUUUUUGUGGCUGCGGCUCGGCCCGGUCGCCCGCCGCGGUUUCUGCCCGACCCAGAGAAGGGAAAAAUGCAAAAAAAAUAACGGAACAGGUCUGUCCCCCCCCGCCCGCCCGCCGCCCCCGGAGGCGCCGGCGCCGCUUCCGAAGCCAAACGGUGCCGGCGAGGAGCCCGGCCCCGCCGCUCCCCGCGGCCGCCACCACCGUUCGAGACAAAAUAUAGUACUAUAAAAUAAUUUUGUACUGUAUUUAUUGUGUAUAACAAUUUUUUUAAAGAAUUAUGUACAUUUAGUACUUCUGUGUAAAUUAAAUUGCUCUUCUUUUUAAAAACUG